UUGAAUCACCCUGUUCUCAUGGCAGUAGGUUGGGCAUCUGACAACUCCUCUAUUAUCUCCUGGAGCAUACUCCAGAAUUAAGUAUACCUGAGUGUCAUCAUAGAAGUAGUUGUACAGGCGAAGGAUAUUCGGGUGUUGUAGGUAUUCCUGGAUCUCCACUUCUCUGCAAAGUUGGUGCUUCAGUCCCUCCUUCCCUAUCUCAGACUUGAAAAGGACCUUCAGGGCCAGGAUGAAAUGAUUUUCCUUGACCCGAGCCAGGUGACUAGCAUGCGGAUAUCCAUACCCUGACUUGACUGCCUGACUACUGACAUGGCCCACCGGGGUGGGGAGAGGGACUUCCAGACUUCAGCUCGGCGGAUGGGUACCUCCCUACUCUUCCAGCUUUCAGUGCAUGAGCGGGAACUGGACCUCGUUUUCUUGGAUCAUAGCUAUGCAAAACCGUGGAGUGCCCACCCAGAUGCCAGUAGUGCCCGCCCCACCCGCAUGCUCUUUGUAACUCCCCGUCGGCAGCAGGAGAAUACUAUUGAGUCAGACGUUCCAAUAGAUGUGGAGACGGUCACGGCAACUCCUGUUCCACUCUAUGACAAUCAGAAGGCAAGAAGUGUGAUGAAUGAAUGUGAACGGCAUGUGAUCUUCGCCAGGACAGAUGCAGAUGCUCCUCCUCCUCCAGAAGACUGGGAAGAACAUGUCAACAGGACUGGCUGGACCGUGGCUCAGAAUAAGCUAUUUAACAAGAUCCUCAAAGCACUGCAGUCUGACCGGCUUGCACGAUUGGCCAAUGAAGGGGCUUGCAAUGAGCCUGUGCUGCGUCGUGUUGCUGUGGACAAGUGUGCAAGGAGGGUGCGGCAGGCGCUGGCAAGUGUCAGCUGGGACACCAAGCUGAUCCAGUGGCUGCACACCACCCUCGUGGAGACCUUGAGCCUGCCCAUGCUAGCUGCUUACUUGGAUGCUUUGCAGACACUGAAAGGGAAGAUCCCAACUUUGAUAGACCGGAUGCUUGUGUCGUCCAACACCAAAACUGGGGCUGCAGGAGCAGAGGCCUUGUCGCUUCUCCUCAAGAGGCCCUGGGACCCUGCUGUUGGUGUGCUUUCGCAUAACAAACCAAGCAAACUCCCUGGUUCUCCUUUGAUUCUCAUCGUCUCCUCUGGUCCCUCCAGCUCUAUGUUCCCUGCCUCACGCCGCCACCGCUUCUGGCAGUCACAGCUCUCCUGCUUAGGCAAGGUCAUCCCUGUAGCCACCCACCUGCUGAACAAUGGCAGUGGGGUAGGAGUUCUGCAGUGCCUCGAACACAUGAUCGGGGCAGUGAGAAGCAAAGUGCUGGAGAUUCACAGCCAUUUCCCACACAAACCCAUCAUCCUGAUUGGAUGGAAUACAGGAGCUUUGGUGGCCUGUCAUGUGUCUGUGAUGGAGUACGUCACUGCUGUUGUCUGCCUUGGGUUUCCUCUGCUUACUGUGGAUGGACCUCGGGGGGAUGUGGAUGAUCCCCUCUUGGACAUGAAGACCCCAGUCCUCUUUGUCAUUGGUCAGAAUUCUCUACAGUGUCAUCCUGAAGCCAUGGAGGACUUCCGGGAAAAGAUUCGAGCAGAAAAUAGCUUGGUAGUAGUUGGGGGAGCUGAUGAUAAUCUCAGAAUAAGCAAAGCAAAGAAGAAAUCAGAGGGCCUGACUCAGAGCAUGGUGGACAGAUGUAUUCAGGAUGAGAUUGUGGACUUCCUGACUGGGGUGCUCACUCGUGCUGAGGGUCAUGUGGGCUCUGAGCCUCGGGAUCAGGAUGCUGAGAAGAAGAAGAAACCCCGGGACUUGGCCCGAAGAGACCUGGCCUUUGAAAUUCCUGAGCGAGGCAGUCGUCCUGCUUCCCCAGCUGCCCGACUCCCCACAUCCCCCUCAGGCUCAGAGGAUCUCUCUAGUGUGUCCAGCAGCCCCACCUCUAGCCCUAAGACCAAAGUGACCACAGUGACCUCUGCCCAGAAAUCCAGUCAGAUUGGGACCUCCCAGCUGCUGAAGAGACAUGUGCAGAGGACAGAAGCUGUGCUGACCCACAGACAAGCCCAAGCACAGUUUGCUGCUUUUCUGAAACAAAACAUGCUGGUGAGGAAAGCUUUUCCUCCUGGCACCUCCUCCUGUCUCUUUGUUCCCAUUUCAUCAGAACCAGUGGAGGACGUAGAGAAAGAAGAACUUCGGGUCCAGCUGAAGAGGCACCAUCCUUCCAGUCCUCUUCCUGGCGCAAAGCCCUCCAAGCGACCGAAGAUCAAAGUGUCCCUGAUCUCCCAAGGGGACACAGUUGGAGGGCCUUGUACUCUUUCUCAAGGUGGAACACCUGAAGCUGCCGGAGGGAAGCCCAUCACUAUGACCCUGGGAGCUUCAGCAGGAGCUAAGGAGCUCACUGGACUUCUCACUACAGCCAAGUCAAGUUCUUCUGAAGGUGGAGUCACAGCCAGCACUGCCCCAUCUGUAGCUUCCAGCAAUGCCACACCUAAUGCCAUCCACACGCUGCAGAGCCGCUUGGUGGCCACUUCUCCAGGCAGCUCCCUUCCAGGGGCCGCUUCAGCCAGCAGCCUCCUCCAAGGCCUCAGCUUCAGCUUGCAGGAUAUUAGCAGCAAGACCUCUGGCCUCCCAGGAAGUCCCUCCCCAGGGCCAGCCCCACAGGCCACCAGUGUGAAAUUGCCAACCUCAAUGCAGAGUCUGGGUGCCAUCACCACAGGCACGAGCACCAUUGUCCGCACCAUUCCUGUGGCCACCACUCUCUCCUCCUUGGGUGCCACUCCUGGUGGGAAGCCCACUGCCAUCCACCAGCUGCUGACCAAUGGGGGCCUCGCUAAGUUGGCAAGCAGCUUACCUGGCUUGGCUCAAAUUUCCAACCAAGCAUCAGGCUUAAAAGUCCCCACCACCAUUACUCUGACGCUCCGUGGCCAGCCAAGCAGAAUCACCACACUAAGCCCUAUGGGUUCUGGAGCAGCACUAUCCGAGGAGCCCAACUCUCAAAUGCUGCCAUCUAGUUCACAGCGCCUGCCUCCAGCACCCUGAGUAUGCCAGCAAAAUGUCCUUACCAGGUUGGUGAUAGCUGCCUCAAGGUGAACCGUGUGGUCCUGCUGAGCCGGCUGAGUGUCUGAAGACAUCCUUAGGACAGCCAUUUUCAUCUCUCUACUAGCUGUCUUUGGGGUUGGGCCUCUGGUUCUUGAGAAAACAUUAGGGCAGGUGAUAUAGGGCCAGCAAGUUGGUUGCUGGGAUCCCCAGAAGAUCUGGCCAUGUGUGGAUUGUUGGCAUUUCUACCCCAACACUGAUGUAAUUUGACCCCAGAGUCAGUAUAGAAUGGCUCACUGCAAUUUCAUGAUGAAGGCAGGAAGAAGUGGGCUGUCGGCUGCCAGCCCUUAGCUGCUCUAAGAUGUGGGGAACGAUGGUUACCAUGUGAUGGCUGGCCCCUUCCUCUUUCUCACAGUGUUUUAUGUGAUUGCCUGUACAAGAGAGUCUGUAGGUCCAAAAAGACUUACAGUGAGAGGUGGAGCAGCGGAGGAAGUAGUUGGCAAGGCAUGCCCAAGGACCUUGUGCUGCUGGCAGCUUGGGCUUGGGGCUCUGCGUGACACCUCGGGGCCUAGGAAUAGCUAAAGAAAUGGAAUUUACCAAGUCUAGGAAUAGCUAAAGAAAUGGAAUUUACCAAGUCAGAGGGAAACCCUGAAUCCUUGAGAGGCUGCCUGGUGAUGAAGCAAUUGACCAGCUACCAUGCUAUCUCUGCUGUUCUAGGAAGCUUGGGGCAGUAGACAGAGAAGGCUGUGCUUCAGAGUUUGUUUCCUUUCGUAGAACUCUGUCUUUCUGCUUAGAAGUAGAAAGGUUGUUGACUACUGUGUGAGGCUUUGGGACCAGCCUGAGCCUUGCAGACUAUGGUCCUGAUGAUGUGGACACUGAAGGUGGAGUGGAGCCUCUCAUUUCCUGAUACACUGUGCAGGUGGAGUUUGGAGUUUGGUUCUGAGCUUGUGCUCCAGAGCAGGCUCCUUUCCCUUUUAUACUUAGAAAGAAAGUUUCUGUCAAGAUGAGAAAUAAAGCGACUCAAAUGUGGUUUUGUUCACGGGGCCAUAUACAGCUACACCAAAGCCCUCUCACCUGUAAUCUGAGUGGACACAUAGUGUUAAGGAGCCUCAGGCAAGUCAGGUCAGAGACAUGUGAUAGGAGUAGAGCGGUCUCCAGGCUCUGCACCUCACCAUGACUGUGGAGCUACACUCACGGUGGUUUACAGAGUGGAGCUGUAUUCUGAAAUUCAGAAGGCAUUCAGAGAUUUUGAGAAGGUAUGAAAUCUGGAUGAGGCGUGCCUAGCGCUGGGGCCUUGAUAGCUUCAUAGGUCAGAGCAUAUAACCACCAAAAGAGAGGAUAAGGCUGGGGGGACUCUGUGAAACUUUUAGGCAUCAUUUAAGUUGGCAGAGGACCCUGAACAACCCUUUGUGACUUAGGAGAACAGCUUGAACAACACCGAAGGGGCUGCUCCUGAAAGAUGCUGCCCCUGUGUUCUGGGACCAAAGAAAACUUGUAUCCUGCUUUGGUGGUUAAUCUGUGUGCAUCCCAUGGGUGACUUCUGAGGCAUGGCUUAUACCUUGAAGAACUGCAAAACUGAGGAGGGGGAGCUGCAGCACACUGAUCAUCACCUUUGAGGGACUGACCAACAAGGAAGUGGCUAGAGUCUGUAGGCCAUUUUCCUCAGGUCCCAUCUCAAAGCACAGCGAUUGGAAUGUGGAGAGACCCACCUCGUGACAGACUUGAGGGUGUAGCCUCAGAAGGUAGUACUCUUAUGAGUAUGUGGAAGGGUCAGGAAGGCUUUACGUUCUCUCUCAGGCAACAGAGGGCUUGUAAAUGCCCAGUGGAAGACAUCACUGAGGAGCAAAAACAACAACCUUUGGUUGUAUCACUGUAAUAAUUUGGGUUGGAUGAACUCAUAGAAGUGAGCCAGAGCGAUGUUUCUGAUCUUAUGUUAGCAAAAAGAAUAAAACACAAAACACUGAA